GCUCUUACAGCCAACAAAUUUUUUGUUUACACACUUGAGAGGAAACUCAAAGGCUCUCUGGGAAAGAAACCACCAAUGGAAGGAAUCCAAUCCGAAACGCGUAAUACGGUUCCACCCCCCACUUGAGUACGGCGCACAUUUCCACUCCGUGAUUUCGAGUGCUUCUCGCCGGGGAUCUCGGCAGCUAUUUAAAGACAGCCCGGAGCGUCCAACCCAAGCACAUUCGUUGCGCAGCUCUCGAGGCGUAAAGAUCCGUCAAAGAUUUUCCGGAGUGAAAAACAAGUGCAAGAAAAAAUAUUGAAAAAAAUUCAAAAGAAAAGCAGAAACUAAAAUGCUUAAUAUGGAAAGUGCGAGUGUGGGUGGCAGUGCCAUGGCGGGUCUAAGUAAAUCCCUUACAACGCCCUUCUCCAUCAACGACAUCCUGACGCGCAGCAAUCCGGAGGCGCGUCGUGUGUCCAGUUUGGAUUCCGAACCGGAACCAGAGAAAUUUCGAUCCUCCAAUCGAUCCGAGCGUUCCGCCUCGAAAUCACCACCCCUUUGCUGUCGCGAUCUUAGUCUUUACAAGUUCUCCAAUACCAAGGAGAUGCCACCAAAUCCCAGACACCAGCAGCAACAAACCACCAACUAUCUCCAGUAUUAUGCGGCGGCUUUGGAGAACAAUAACAAUAACAUCAACAACAAUAGUAAUCAUCAUCACCAGGCAACCAUCCAGCAACAAAAUCCAACAAACUCCAGUGCCGCAGACUAUAUGCAACGUAAAUUGGCCUAUUUUGGGUCCACCCUUGCUGCUCCUUUGGACAUGAGACGGUGCACCAGCAACGAUUCCGACUGCGAUUCACCGCCGCCUUUGAGCAGUUCUCCCUCCGAGUCACCACUCUCCCAUGAUGGCAAUGGUCUCAGUCGCAAGAAGCGUUCCCGGGCUGCUUUUAGCCAUGCUCAGGUCUUUGAGCUGGAGCGUCGAUUUGCCCAACAACGGUAUCUAUCUGGCCCAGAGCGUAGUGAGAUGGCCAAGAGUUUGCGGCUGACCGAAACGCAGGUGAAGAUCUGGUUCCAGAAUCGUCGCUACAAGACCAAACGCAAGCAGAUCCAGCAACAUGAAGCGGCUCUCCUGGGAGCCAGUAAGAGGGUUCCUGUCCAGGUCCUGGUUCGGGAGGAUGGCAGCACCACCUAUGCUCAUAUGGCUGGUCCUGGGACGGGACAUGGUCUGGAUCCUGCUUUGAUCAACAUCUACCGCCAUCAGUUGCAGUUGGCCUACGGAGGAUUACCGCUGCCCCAGAUGCAGAUGCCGUUCCCGUAUUUCUAUCCGCAACCCAAGGUCCCUCAGCCCAUACCACCGCCCACUCAAUCCUCGAGCUUUGUGACCGCAUCCUCGGCUUCAUCCUCGCCCAUUCCCAUACCGGGUGCAGUGCGUCCUCAGCGAACUCCUUGUCCCAGUCCCAACGAUCAAGGGACGAAGGUGGAGAGCGGUGCCGAGGGAAAUCAUUCGGAGGCGGAGGAUAUGGAUGAAAAUGUGGAAAUUGAUUGAAGGAAAUGUGAAGAAGGAUUUGCCAUAUAACCGAGGCACGUUAUUGUGAUAGCCUUAGAAGUUGUGUUUUAGUUUU